AUGCAGGACGACAAGUUCAAGGUGAAGUAUGGCAACUCCAAGGCAGAGCGGCCGCGCGUGCUGUUACCGCUCUCUUUUGGCGAGGGCUCUGUUGUUCUAUUGGACAUGGUGCUGAGUCACUUGGAGGAACAGUGUCGAAACGAACGCGCUGUUCAGGGAUACGAUUUGGUGGUUGUUCAUGUUGGAAAGGACGAUUCGAGACUGCAGCAGAUCAAACAGCACUACGAGGGGCUGUUGGGCCGGGUCCGUGUGGAGUUUGCCACAGCGGACCCGAGUCUGUUUGUGCGCGAACUGGGACGGCUGCACGUCUCUGAGGACUACACCUCAUCUGUGAGCGAAGAGUCCGAGACGAUGGAUUUGGAGCAGAUGUUGGCACAAUUUGACAAUCGGUCGUCGCAGCAGGACUUUUUGCAGCAGAUUGUGCGGGAGAUGAUCCAUCGUGCGGCGAUUGCACGGCGGUGUUCCGUGAUAAUCUAUGGCCAUUCGAUGACUCGACUCGCGGACGAAACUUUGGCAUUGACGGUGAAAGGCCGUGGAUCAGAGAUCUUCACAAGACUCACGGACGGCCAGUUCGAGUACGCCAACACCAGUCUGCACGUGAUCCACCCGCUCAGAGACGUUUUGCUGUCGGAGAUCAAGGCGUAUGUGCGGUUUUCCGAAUUGGGACAGUUUGUGGAGCCCAAGCCAGAGAUCAAACACAAGUCUGCGAAGAACAAGACGAUCGACGAGCUUGUUCGCGAGUACUUUGAGACAGUCGAGUCGGAGUACCCGGAGGUGAUCUCGACGGUGGUCAAGAUCGGAACAAAACUGGACGUUCCCGAGGGAAUUCCGAUAGAAUGUGUCUUGUGUCAUGAAUUGGUGUACCAGGACUCGAAAACAUGGCUGGAGCAGAUGUCUGAGAGCGCUAAUACAGAGUCAAAGUCUGCGGUUCCACUAUGUUAUGGAUGUUUGGUGAAUGUUGGUGUCGGACAGGAAGUUCAAUGGCCGUUGAAAAGACCAUCUGAACAAGACAUUUUGUCUGAAUAUAUAAUACAAGAGGAAUAA